GGGGAACGUUUCCUAGCAACUGGGGGAGGUGCGACGUCAUGGUGGCGGGUUCCGACAGCCGCUGCCACUGUAGAACCGCCGAGUGCACCUUCCAGUCCUUGCGGUCGGAGGUAGCGCUACUCGCUGCCCUGUGUCCGCACGUUUUCGUCUUCCCAUACAGUCUUAUCCCACUCCUGGUCGCUGAAAACAACCUCUUGCGCGCCUCCGCCGCUGAGGCCCGGACCGGUGGAGGUCCCCGGCCUCGGUGGGACGAUGCUUGAGUCCAUUCGCGUGACGGAAAAGCUUCACUGGCCUGAGCAAGAACUCGCCAAGAAGUCUAUUCUAAAUGCAGAAGAUUCAUUGAUCAUUGACAGCAAAAGAAGCCUUUCACAUUUACCUGCUGGAAUACUAAAGGACAUUUUCACAACUGGAACCAGUAGUUACAAUGUCCUACUACAAAGCAAGGAGGAGAGAAAACAUCAUUUACAAAAACAGUCUUCGUCCACCUACUCCAAAAGAUGUAGAAAACCCAGCAAAUCUCCUAGCUCCCCUCAUAGUAAAGAUCCUUGCAGGACGAAAACCCCAGUGCCUGUGGCAAGCAGUGGUACUUGGUACUGCCUGGAGAGGCAGCCUACUGUUUUUGUCACUAAGUCAGUGUCAAGUCCUGUAAAGUUUACACAUGAUAUCUCUGUUACAGGGAACAGCAUAAUACUGCCACCUAAACCAAAAAGCAAGGUCAGGCGGCGCCAUUUCUCCGCUCUUCCAAAGCCAAAGCAGCAGCCUCAGUUCUGUAGAAGCUUUGAAAAAGCAGAUGAGUUUUCUGGAAAAAAAUUUUGCAUAUUGACUGCUAUAAAGCCUACCAACUUAGAGAAAGAGAAACUGAGAUUCUUCAAGUCUGACUAUACCUACAAUCCACAGUUUGAGUAUGCUAAUCCUGCUCUGCCAAGUGUGUUAGCCAAACACAGCAAUGCAUCUAACCGAUUUCUUAAGCAGUCCAUCAAUAUUAUGGAGCUGACUUUACAGAAAUAUGGAAGCUAUGAAAAAUUUGAACAAGCUACUGGUGGUAGUUUGUUAUCUAAACCUCGAAUCUGGAAUCAUGUUAGGAAGUACAUGAUGAAGGAAGGCUGCCUGGGAGAGAUUGUAGUUCAUCUCACUGAGGACCUACUUUCCCGUGCUUCAAUGACAGUAGUAAAUGGAUGUCCAACUCUGACCAUCAAUGUUUCCACUGCACGUGAGCAUUGGCUGGAGGGAAUGCUGAGGCACGAAAUAGGCACACAUUAUUUUCGAGGCAUUAAUAAUCUGCAGCAACCAUGGAAUAGUUGGACUGGUCGUAAAAAACAUGAGCUAAAGCCAAACAAUCCUACAGAAGAAGGACUGGCAAGUAUUCACAGUGUCCUGUUCAGAAAAGACCCCUUUUUAUGGAGGGCUGCCCUCCUCUACUACACUGUUUAUCAAGCCAGCCAAAUGUCUUUUUGUGAACUCUUCAAAGACAUUGGCAAAUUUGUCAAGGACCCUAAUACAAGGUGGGAUUAUUGUGUACGAGCCAAAAGAGGAUGGACUGAUACUUCUCAACCAGGGUGUUUCAGUAAAGACCAGGUAUACUUAGAUGGAAUUCUUCAAAUCCUUCGAUACAGAGACUCCAUAGACUUUCAUCUACUCACUGCCCUGGGGAAGGUUUCUUAUGAAGAUGUGGAUCGUUUAAAAGGAUUGGCAGUUACUGAAAACAUGAGGGUCCCUCACUUCCUGCAAGACUAUGACCGGUAUAUGGAACAUUUAGAGAAGAUCAUGGAAGUGAAUGAACUGACUGACAGAGAACUGAAAGACCUCAUAUAGUAAUUAGCAUUCUUGCAAACAUAGUUCAGCUAUACCUCCAUAUAUAUUACCAAUUAGGUGCAGUUAACACCAACAGAUUUAUAAAAGAAGAAUGAGUUUUUACUUGAGUUUUCUGAAGAAUAGUCUUCAGAAUUUGGCUGAAUUUUUAAGUUAAACAAACCUUAAAUUAUUUCCCCAAAAUGUUUCUAUAGGCUUCAGAGGAAAGUUAACUCUUAUUUUCAUCUGAAUCUCACCAGAGUCAAAUGAAAAUACUACUGCUGAGUGUUUUUGGAGACUGUUGGUUGAAUCAAGUAAUAAACUGAGCACUGAGGCUAGCUCCAACUGGAGAUAGGUGAAUUUCAGGCAGUGUCAUGCUGACUCCAAGGUCAUAUUAUUCUCCUUUGAAAAAUUAGUUUGUGACACUCUAGAAGGCUAACUAUAUCUAAGAUUUCUUGUUUCUCCUGUAUGUUAAGUAAUGUUAAAUGGAGGGGAGAAAACAAUUUGAAAAGUUUUCAUUAAGUCCUUUAUUUAUUUCAUGUACUAUUGUUUUAACUUCUCAGUUUAUAAGAACUAAAUUGAGUCUUUUUUGGUGGUGGCAAUGGGGAUUGGACCCAGGACCUCACACAUGCUCAAUACAUAUAUGCUUUGCCACUAAGCUACUCCUCCAUGUGCCCCUCCUCUGAGAAUUGCCUUUUUUUUUAAAUCUAGUUAUAUCUCUUGACUAGACUCUGUUUUCAUUUGAUGAAAUAUUGUGCCCCUUUAAAUAGUUAGCAAAGUUUUAAGGUCUUUCCCUCUGCAUAAUUUUAUAUAAAUAAUUAACAAAAGCUCCAGAGUUGUUUGUCUAUACAAAUCAAAAUAGUUGGAGAAGGGAAAAGCCACUUACCUUUUUUGGAAUAUGUAACAAGGAAGAGACAGAUAGACUAAGUUGUUUGUAAACUUGACCAUGCUCUGAAAAAUGAAAUUUCUAGGCAUUCUUAUCUGAUGAACCAGACCUGUGAUAUUGGCUCAAUAUAAAAAUCUUAGCAAAAAUCAAUAUUUUAUGUCAAAUCAGUAUCAAUCAAUAUUAAAAUCUUUGAUUUCAUCAACCAAUAAUAACAUAGUUUGAAUUUAAAAAUGGAAGUUCUGUUUUGCUAUAUUUCUCCUGCUAUUGGCUUAUAUAUUUAACUUUGUAAUUGAUCCGUUUCAGUAUAUAUUCGUGUGUGUGUGUGUGUGUGUGUGUAUGUGUGUAUACACACGUAUACACACUUGGUUUCAAAUGGUUCUUCAUACAACUUAUUGUAAUGAAUAGAAAUAAUGUUUCCAUAAAUACCACAAUCAAUAUUGAUACUGUGAUUUCUACCAAAAGCUGUCUGAGAGUUUAUUUUUACCUCAGUUUAGGAUAAAAUAUGGUGCUAAUAGUAGUAGAUAUAUACUGCAAAGCCUGGUCCACAUUCAUGCUGGAAAAUGAUUUUAGGAAAUUUUUCACAGGGUAGGUUAUGUGAUUUCUCUCUUCCAUAUAUCUGGAAGGGCUUGUCUGAAAGAAGAAUGUUACAGCAAACAGGAUAUAUGUAGUUGGUGCCUGGGGCUUCUUGCAAAGCCAUGCAUUUCACCUUUGGCAGGAGAGGGCCAGACCCUUUGGAGCAUUGAAAGCCCCCCUCCCCAGCUUCAUGCCAUGCUAGCUGCCAGGUAUCCUGCACAUCCGUUCAACAGGCUUGCAGCACUGGCAGCAGAGUGUGCCAACUCCUAUCAGACACUGGGAAUUUACUCUUAACACCUCAAGCGUUUGUCUCCUUGUUAACAGAGUCGUGUGUACUUUCAGCUUUGUGUAGUGUUUUCUGACUUCAUCUGAAAAUGUAUUGAGGGUGUUUGUGAAACAGUAUAAGUACAGACAGAAAUGGCAAUAUUUAUGACCUGUGAUUUAAGCCCAAAUGCUUGUAAAUUCAACAUUGCAGGCACUGCUGAUCUUACAGUUUAAAUACAAAGGAAACUGUAGCAGCCUUAAUUUCCCAUUGGAAGGAUAGCAUGCAGGGCUUCUAGUCCCUGGAUUUUAAAGUAGGUGGAUACACUCUCUGAUUUGAAAAGGAACUGCUUUCUUGCCUUAUUGCUUUGGAAUAGAGACGAAAACAUGAGCAUUCUGCAGACAAAAAUGACCUUAAAUCACAGUGAUUAAAAAAAGUUUUAAGUUAGCAGUGAACCAAAAGUAGUUUCAAAUUAGCAGAGAUACUUGAAGAACAUUAAGCUUUAAAAGUUGAGAUUGAAGAUUAAAUAAACCUUUAUUAAUUCUCUUUCUUGAAGUAGAGGGAAGGUCAGUUUUGCUCCCUAAAACAAAAGUUUUACUCAACAGAAAAUUAUCAACAGUACUUGGUUAAAGAUUGCAUUAAUUUUAAUUGUAAUAGUUAUUUGCUAUAGGCUAUUGAUAAUUAAGAUUUCAUUAGUUUUGUCUACUAUAAUUCUGACAUAUAGUUCGAUCAAAUACAAAUUUUGAUAAACUGUUACAUUUUAACACCAGUUGGAUUUAAAGUAAAAUUAAGGUUUGCAAACAAAUCCAUAGUCCUCAUUUCUUUAUAUUUUCACUUUUGUAAAAGUGCUUAAAAUUUGUAUUGUUUGUUUUGUAUAUCUUUGGGCAUUUUGUGUCUAUCUAUAGUAAAAAGAGGUAGCACUGAAGUCCUCAAAUGAAGUAUAUGGAUAUGUAUGCAUGUACACUUCUGUUCUUUGAAAAUCUAAUUAUAUUUUUUAUUGUGGCAA